AUGGCUGCAAUUCCAUCAUUUCCGGAAUUUGAUGUAGAAGACCCAUCAAAUUUAGCAGUACGAUGGGAGAAGUAUUUAAAGCGAUUCAACAAUCUAGUUACAGCGAUGAACCUUCGUGAUGCAGCUCGCAAAAGAGCCUUGCUACUUCACUAUGUUGGUGAACGUGUUAAUGAUAUUUUUGACACACUACCUGACCGAGGAGAAAACAACAACUUUAACGCUGCUUGUGAUGCAUUGACGGCAUAUUUUACUCCGAAGAAAAAUGUAUCCUUUGAAAUAUUUAAAUUUCGUAAAUUACAACAAGUCCCAGGCGAAAGCAUCGAUGAAUAUCACACACGCUUACAAAUUGCGGCAAAAUACUGCAAGUUUCACGACCAUGACACGGAAAUUAAAUUACAGAUAGAACUUGGGACUUCAAGUAAGAAGCUUCGGCAACAUUCGUUUCGCAACCCAAGCCUCACUUUAACAGAUUUGAUCAGUUAUGCUAGGACUCUUGCGGAGACUGAAAAACAAGCAUCUGGCAUCGCGAAUAGUUCAUUCAACAUGCCCUCGUCAGCAGAGAUAAACGCUGUCAACAAAGAUAAUUCUUCACCAAAUGAUCAACGUUCACAGAGGCCUGAACCAAAACAGAGAGAGCUGCCUAGAACAUCAGAACAGGUACCUACUAGAAAAUGUUUCAGAUGUGGACUUGCCUGGCCCCACAAAGAUCAACCAUGCCCUGCUGAAGGACAGCAGUGCAACAAUUGCAAAAAGUACAAUCACUUUGCACGUGUUUGCAGGUCGACUCGACGAAAACAACCCAGCAACGAAGUCCGUAAGAUUGAACAGGCUCAACAACAAGUAGAAAGUGAUGACAGCGAUGAAUAUGUGUACACACUCGAGACACCAGCUGACAAAGAGAACUUUCAGAAGACAUUAAGAGUUGGAAAUUCAGAGAUACCUUUUCAAAUUGACACUG